GAGUUGCUAAACCUAAAAAAAUUGUCGUGUUGCCAUAGUCAACAGUUGUCCUAACUAUAAAUACACACACAUUUUACACUCUAAAGCACACCAAAACACAACACAUAAAAGUGUAGCAAUUUCAUAUAUAACUAUAGUAUUUGAAAUGGCUUCCAAUAGCUUCUUUGUUCUUCAUGUUUUGGUCAUGUUUUCUCUAGCAAGCCUGGCACUUUCGGAUUCUCUUUCACCUUCUUUCUACAAUCAUGUUUGUCCUCAAGCUUUGCCAGCCAUAAAACGAGUCGUUGAGGAUGCAGUCAGGAAAGAGAGGCGAAUGGGUGCCUCUUUGCUACGUUUACAUUUUCAUGAUUGUUUUGUCAAUGGGUGUGACGCUUCAAUUCUUCUAGACAAAACGGCUACUAUUGACAGUGAAAAGACUGCGAUACCCAAUAACAAUUCUAUUAGAGGAUUUGAUGUGAUUGACAAAAUCAAGUCAGAAGUUGAUAAAUGUUGUGGACGUUCUAUUGUGUCUUGUGCAGAUAUUGUAGCUGUUGCAGCUCGCGACUCUGUAGUUGCACUAGGUGGACCAACAUGGGAAGUUCCUCUGGGAAGAAGGGAUUCGACUACAGCAAGUAGAACCAAAGCAAACAAUGAUAUCCCACCUCCAACUUUGGACUUACCAGCACUUAUCAACAGCUUCAAGAAGCAAGGAUUGGAUGAGAAAGAUCUCGUCGCUCUCUCUGGAGGACACACACUAGGAUUUGCUCAAUGUUCCACCUUCAGGAAUCGUAUCUACAAUGACACUAACAUCGACUCCACUUUUGCAAGCCAACGCAAAGCCAAUUGUCCACGCAGUGGAGGCAAUACCAACCUUGCUCCACUCGAUCCAACUCCAGCUCUUUUCGACUCAAAAUAUUUUAGUAACUUGGUGUCCAAGAAAGGACUUUUGCACUCUGAUCAAGCACUAUUUAAUGGCGGUCAAACUGAUAAUCUUGUUAAGAAAUAUAGUACCAACCUCGGGAGUUUCUCUAAAGAUUUUGCCGAGUCUAUGAUUAAGAUGGGAAAUAUUAAGCCAUUGACAGGAAAUCAAGGCCAAAUUCGCGUAAACUGCAGGAAGGUGAACGUCUAAGAUCAUAAUGUUGAUUCAUGAAUAAUUGUUUCAAGUAUUUGAUUGUUUUUCAGUGUAAUUGUAUUUUUACUCAAGCGUGUCUGUUCCAUAAAAUAAGUUAAUUGUGAAUAGAGAGACUUUGUAGAGUUGUUUUGAUGGUUCACUAAAUCCAACAUGUGUUUUAAAUGAAUGAGUUCAUAUUACAUUUUGAUUUUCUUCGAGGGAAUAAGAAAGUGAUAUAUUUCUAUA